GCUUAAGGAGGAGCUCCGCUGCGUUAGAACGGAGCGCUGUUUGCAGGACCAGCGGGAUGACCUCUCAGCUAGUCCUCAGCUGUUUACUCCCAUGAGUCCUUAUGAUGUAGACCUUCCAAUUCAAACCACUGAAGAUAUGUUCAGUUCUCAAUUGAAUCAGCCCAAAGAUCUUUCUACAGACUUCUCUGUGGAUCUCAGCUUUCUUCCAGACAUUACCCAAGAUGACAAAGAACAAAAUCUAUCUGAAGAUGGUUAUGAAAAGCGAAAAGAACUUGAUGGGUCAAUAUCAAGUAAUGAGGACAGUGGCAUCUUUGUGGAUGAAAGCAGCUUGUCAUACCCAGGUGCAACUCAAUUAUCUCCUGAAGCAUCUGGCACACGUCCUCCUCUGAUGCCAAUGACUCCUAUGACCCCACUGACACCUGCCUCAGAAAGCUCUGGCAUAGUUCCUCAGUUACAGAAUAUAGUGUCGACGGUAAAUUUGGCUUGUAAACUAAACCUGAAGAAUAUAGCUCUACAUGCCAGAAAUGCAGAAUAUAACCCAAAGAGGUUUGCUGCUGUGAUCAUGAGAAUCAGGGAGCCACGAACAACAGCCCUCAUCUUCAGUUCAGGAAAAAUGGUCUGCACAGGAGCAAAAAGUGAAGAGCAAUCGCGUCUUGCAGCCAGGAAGUAUGCACGUGUGGUACAGAAGCUUGGGUUCCCUGCCAAGUUCCUGGACUUCAAGAUACAGAAUAUGGUUGGGAGCUGUGAUGUGAGGUUUCCCAUCAGGCUGGAAGGCUUGGUUCUCACUCACCAGCAGUUCAGCAGCUAUGAACCUGAACUGUUUCCUGGCCUUAUUUAUAGGAUGGUCAAACCAAGGAUAGUGCUGCUUAUCUUUGUGUCUGGAAAAGUUGUACUGACUGGAGCAAAAGAGCGUUCUGAAAUCUAUGAGGCAUUUGAGAACAUCUACCCCAUUCUAAAAGGUUUCAAGAAACCAUCAUAACAUGGCCCACAAAGCAACUAAGAAUAAUACAUGGGUUUGUAUUACUAUGCAUGGAACAGAAGCAAGGGUAUUCCUGGACCCACCUGUACUGCUGUGGAUUAUUAAGCAAACAAUACUGUUCUGGAAUGCUAUAAAUGCUGAUGCCUUUCUAUGGUUUCUGGAAUUGUCAGGUUUUUUGCUUUCAGAUUAGCUGUCUGUAACCCACUGUGUUCUGACAGCUUCUGACAAGCUGAAAAAUUUGACAAAUAAAUGUACUUUGAAUAGAAUGUAUAUUAAGGUGGCACUUAAAAGUAUUUUGUAAUAGAAACCAUGUGUCCUUUUUUGCUGUUGAAUGGCUAAGACAACGCUGCGCUUCAAACUAGCUUUAUUAAAAUCCUCAAUGUUAAGUGUACUGCAACCUAGGUCCUGCAAUGUUGUAUUUUCAUAUUUAAACUAAAAAUGUAUUUUAUCUACUGUAUAGCUUACAAAAUCCAGCAUGAGCUGAUUUCAGAGUUUUGAAGACAGAGCUUGUAGAGGACAUAUACCAAAUGCUUCUGAUCCUGCUGGUUGCUUAAACUCUUGUGUGUAAUG